UCUUCUACUAAAUAUAUAGAUAUUUACCCAAAUUUUUCAUAAUUCUUCAAAAUCAUUAUAGCAAUGGCGACUUCAUCAAGCAAUGGUGGUUUGAUUGUCAGCUUCGGCGAGAUGCUGAUUGACUUUGUUCCAACGGUCUCCGGCGUGUCUCUGGCCGAGGCGCCUGGAUUCCUCAAGGCUCCCGGCGGUGCUCCGGCUAACGUGGCCAUAGCGGUGACGAGGCUCGGUGGAAACGCCGCUUUCAUUGGCAAGCUCGGCGACGACGAGUUUGGCCACAUGCUCGUCGGAAUCCUCAAGAAGAAUGGAGUUUCCACCGCCGGGGUCAACCUCGAUAAAGGUGCGAGAACCGCUCUGGCGUUUGUGACGCUACGCGCCGACGGAGAGCGUGAGUUCAUGUUCUAUAGGAACCCUAGCGCCGAUAUGCUGCUCACGCCCGAUGAACUCAAUCUUGACCUCAUCAAAUCGGCCAAAGUGUUCCACUAUGGCUCAAUAAGCUUGAUAGUGGAGCCGUGUAGAUCGGCACAUCUAAAGGCAAUGGAAGUGGCCAGGGAGGCCGGAGCUCUGCUCUCGUACGAUCCAAAUCUCCGGCUGCCACUGUGGGCCUCAGCAGAGGAGGCGAGGACCCAGAUCAUGAGCAUCUGGGACAAGGCCGAUGUGAUCAAGGUGAGCGACGAGGAACUCAGUUUCCUCGUUCAAACCGACGUCGUUGAUGAUGCAGCUGCAAUGUCUCUAUACCACGACAAGCUCAAGCUCCUUUUGGUCACCCUUGGAGCCAAGGGAUGUAGAUACUAUACCAAGCAUUUUCGCGGAACAAUAGAUGGUUUUCGUGUAGACACUGUUGACACGACCGGGGCUGGUGAUUCUUACGUUGGAGCUCUCCUGUGUAAGAUUGUUGAUGACCAGUCUAUUAUUGAGGAUGAAGAGAAGUUGAAGAAGGUGUUGGCUUAUGCAAAUGCGUGUGGAGCAAUUACGACUACUAAGAAGGGAGCAAUCCCAGCUCUUCCUACUCCAUCUCAAGUUCGUGAUCUCAUGAACUAGAUUUUUGUUUUAGUAUUAGUUACCUCUUUUAGUUAAUUAGCCUUUUGGAUUAA